UUUUUUUNCAAAAUAUACAUUUUUUUCUCCUUCUGUGUCAGAUUUUCACAUUUUCAGAAAUCCCACUAUACCGCAUUCCAAGAGCUCCUGAAAAAAAUAAAAAAGAUUGCAUUUUUAUUGUAAAGAUUGGAUUUUUAUUGCAAAAGACUGUACAAAAAUGAAGUUUGGAAAAGAGCUAGCUUCCCAAAUGGUUCAAGAAUGGCAGGGAGCAUACAUGGACUACGCCCACCUCAAAAAUCAGCUCAAAGAUCUCUUGAGAUUCAGACAGCAGAAAGCAUUACAGUCGAAUCCGGGCCUUCCGGCCCGGUCAGGCUCUCUGAAGAGAAGACUCACCAUGUACCGGGCCUUCAGCGGGCUUUCGGCUCGAAAAAUCGGCCCCAAUGAGAAGGAAGAUGAAGUGAUUUUAGUGGGCGAGGGCUCCGAAAACCAUUACCAGACGAUGUUUUUGAGGUCGUCUGAGGAUGGCGGGCAGCAGGAGCUCCAUUUUUUCCGAAAGCUCGAUGAGGAAUUUAAUAAAGUUGUUGGAUUUUAUAAGAAAAAAGUUGAGGAGGCGAAGAUUGAAGCCGAUGAACUGAGCAAGCAAAUGGAUGCGCUUAUUGCCCUUAGAAUCAGAGUUGAUAGGCCUAAUCGUUUGGACUCGAGAGCUGAUUAUGGAAGUUCGAGCCCUGCUACUGUUAUUGCAUCUGUUAAUGGAGAAAAACAAGGAGUUUCACACAUGGAUGUAAUUCAUGAAGUAGAGAUGACUAUUGAUGAAGCCGAUAAAAAGAAGAAGGAUAACAUGGAAUUCAAGCCAGCUUCUUUGAAAGUUUUGGAUCACGUGAAAAUCAAUGUUGAUCCCGAAUCGCCAGUCUCGACUAUGAAAAACAUCAUUAUGAGCUCGAGAUCUGAGCUGUCAUUCAGUAAGGAGGAGCUUAGGAAAGCAGAGGAAAAUUUGAGAAAGGCCUUCAUUGAAUUUUACCAACAACUUCGACUUUUGAAAAGCUACUGUUUCUUGAAUAUGCUUGCAUUUUCCAAGAUAAUGAAGAAAUAUGACAAGAUGGUUGAUAAGUCUUAUCUUGGCAGCUCUGAUGAGGUCAAUAAGCUCAUAGAGAGACUCGAAUCCACAUUCAUCAAGCACUUCUCAAACGGCAACCGAAGAAAAGGAAUAAAAUCUUUGAAGCCUGGACAUAAAAAGGAGAGACACAGAGUAACAUUUUUCCUUGGUUUAUUUACCGGCUGCUCGAUAGCGCUAAUUGCUGCCAUUAUCGUCUCGAUACACGCCCGCAACCUUCUGAAUCACGAGGGGCGUGGGCCCUACAUGGAGAACAUAUUCCCACUCUAUAGCUUGUUCGGUUUUAUUGUCCUUCACAUGAUCAUGUAUGGAUGGAAUACGUACCUUUGGAGGCGUUUUCGAGUGAAUUACCCGUUCAUAUUCGGAUUUAAGCCCGGAACUGAAUUGGGCUUUAGAGAAAUCCUUCUUCUUGCUUCGGGACUUUCGGUUCUUGCAUUGGCUGCUGUGCUUUCGAAUCUAGACAUGGAGAUGGAUCCGAGUACUAGAAGCUAUAAAACACUCACUGAAUUAGUUCCUCUUGGCCUAGUCAUCUUUUACAUAUGCUAUUAUGGGUGGGGAGAUUUCAAGAAGAGAUCGAACAAAUGCCUCGAUAGCAACGUAUACCAAGUUCUAUACAUUGUCGUCGCUAUCAUUCCUUUCUGGUCCCGUUUUCUUCAGUGCCUUCGGCGUUUGUUUGAGGAAAAAGACUCGAUGCAAGGGCUUAACUCACUGAAAUACUUAUCGACUAUAGUUGCGCUCGUCAUGCGGACAUUGUACGAUCUCAAGAGAGGCGCGUUUUGGCGAGUAAUGGCUGCUUCCAUGUCGGGAGUCACGACCGUUUUUAACACGUAUUGGGAUAUUGUAAUCGACUGGGGCUUUCUGAAGAGGAAAUCGAAAAACCCGUGGCUGAGGGAUAAGUUGUUAUUGUCAAACAAAGCCGUGUAUUUUGUGGCUAUAGUGGUGAAUAUUCUGCUGAGGCUUGUUUGGAUGCAGCUGGUUCUUGAUUUCCAUGAAGCUCCAUUUUUGCAUAGGAAGGCUAUGGUGGCUAUUGUUGCCAGCCUGGAGAUUAUCCGACGUGGCAUAUGGAAUUUCUUCAGGUUGGAGAAUGAGCACUUCAACAACGUAGGGAAAUAUCGUGCAUUCAAUUCAGUGCCAUUACCAUUUCACUAUGAGGACGAAAAAAAUAUGUGA